GCCUGUUCCUAUUCUUUCCCCUGCUGCUUCUUUGUUUGUGGUUUGUGGUUUGCCAUAAGUAGGUUCGUUCGGGUGCGGAGCUUGGUACCCAUGGCGCAGCAACUGGCUUUCCUGAGCGCUGCCAGCAGGCCGGCGCCGGUGUCCGGCGGCGUGAGUCCAGGCCUCCGGCCCGACCGAGCGGCCGACGCGCGCCUGGCGGAAGGGUCAUCCUUCCAUGGACUCAAGUGGGCCGUCAUGAGCUCUGCCGUUGCGCUUUGCGCCAGCAAGAAGAUGCCAAAAAGCACACUGAAGCCGGGCGGUAAGUUCAACUUGGCGGAUGAACGAAAGGCCAAGGUGAAGAGGAAGAAGCGCGAAGUCUACGAAAUGCAGUACGAUGCGGGGGCCAUGGCACCCAUGGGCGCCUGGGAUCCCCUGAACUUCGUCAACAAGGAAAAGACGCGUGCUAAAGAGAACUUCUUCAGGUUUCGGCAGGCCGAAAUUAAGCACGGCCGGGUGGCGAUGCUAGCGGUGGUGGGGGAGCUCGUCCAGCACUUUCUUUAUUUGCCCUUCUUCGAGACCACGGGCAAAGGCUUGGGUGCCUUGAGCAACUCGGCUGGUCAGCUCGGCUUCUCGUUGAUCGUCGUCGCCAGCGGGUAUUUGGAGCUGGUGGUCUUUACAGAGGAAAUGGGCAAGAAACGUCCUGGCGCCUAUGGAGACCCGUUGGGCGUCGCGAAGCUCUUGGACCUUGAGGAUGGCGCGGACAAUCUGGACAUGCAGAACAAGGAGUUGAACAACGGCCGCCUCGCCAUGAUCGGCAUCAUGCUCACGUUCAUCCUCGAGAAGGCCACGGGCUAUGAUGCAGUGGACCAAUUGAUCAACGGAAUUGUCUUCACUGCGUAGAGCGUCGGGACGCUGACUGCCGCGCCGUGAGCGUCGGGAGCACUGCCGGUCGUUGAUCAUGGAGCAAGCUGGCAUGGAAGUGAUUGGUGCAGGAAGAUGGUGGAAUUUCUCGCCUGCGGAUGAAGGUAGAUGAUGGAUGAUGGUGGUAUGCCAUUCUUUCUUUCAUGCAAAUUGUCUUCUAGCUUGGAUGCAAUCUUGAUGAAAAAUACAUCGCAUCGCUGUGCUUCUGCGUGAGCUCCCUCUCUUUUUAGCAGCCAGAUGUCCGGCUGUGGGAAGACCGCAUCAAAAACCAGGCGAUGUUUCAUGUGUGGAACCUGGGUUAGUUGUCAUCGAGAUAGAAGGAACAUGGAAACGGUCCG